UCGCAGCAGCAGCAGCAGCCAUGGACGCAGUGAUCGGAUAAACUUUUAACUCUGCGCGGAUGAUGUUUUUCCUCGAUGCCAUCUGAUGAAUUCUCCACCGGGAAACACUGACAGGUCUGCCAAACAUCUCAACUCCCAUGACUGUGGGACGUCUCCAUGGCGGUGUUUAGCGGCGCGGAGCGGCUCUGGAACGAGUCGGACCGCCUCGGAUGGGACGAGAGGAACCAGAGCUCAGAGGCAACGGCGGCGCAGGAGGACGGCGGGCGCAACUACUACGCCAUGCUGUACUCGCUGCUCAUCCUGGCCAUAGUGUUCGGAAACGUGCUGGUGUGCCUGGCCGUGCUGAGGGAGCGCUCCCUGCAGACCACCACCAACUACCUGGUGGUCAGCCUGGCUGUGGCCGACCUGCUGGUGGCCUCGCUGGUCAUGCCCUGGGCCGUGUACCUGGAGGUGGUCGGCGGCGCCUGGCUCUUCAGUCGGCUCUACUGUAACAUCUUCGUCACGCUUGAUGUGAUGAUGUGCACCGCCAGUAUUCUCAACCUGUGCGCCAUCAGCAUCGACAGGUACACGGCGGUCGUGAUGCCCGUGCUGUACAACACCACACACCGCUCUAGGAAGAGAGUGUUUGUGAUGAUUGCCACCGUGUGGGUCCUGGCCUUCGCCGUCUCCUGUCCUCUCCUGUUUGGCUUCAACACCACAGAUGAUCCUAUGGUGUGCUCCAUCUCCAACCCUGACUUUGUCAUCUAUUCCUCUGUGGUGUCCUUCUACCUGCCGUUUAUUGUCACCCUGCUGGUCUACAUCCGCAUCUACGUCUUCCUCAGGAUGAGGCGGAAGAGGAUCACCUUCGGACAGGCCAGCGGCAAAGUUCAGCCAGGCUCCAUACCGCCGUCGGUGGAGACCUGUCUGCAGGAGGAGACUCCCAAGGCAAAGGAGGACUUGUCACCCAUAAAGAUCAAAGUGCAGAGUGUGGAGCCCUCCGCUCCCUCCAAGACCAGCAUACUGUCGGGAUGCUUGUGGCGCAAACGGCCGAAGACGGGACCGGUGGAGAACUCGGUGCUGCCGGCGGUGGACACGCAGAACUACUGCAGCAUCAGCCACGCCUCCUGCGGCCGCACCGAGCUGGACCUGGACCAGGACCAGGAGAGGGCCGAGAACGGCGCCGAGGAGGGCCGCCACCACCACCAGGUGAAGGUCCCUCCCGCCAGGACCAGCGAGGUGAAGGACCUGUCCAACGGGCGGACGCACACGGCGCUGCGGCCGGCGUCGCACUCCCAGAUCAACAACCCGCGCUUCAGGACCAUGCACGCCCGCGAGAAGAAGGCCACUCAGAUGCUGGCCAUCGUGCUCGGGGUGUUUCUCAUCUGCUGGCUGCCUUUCUUUGUGACUCACAUCCUGAACACCCACUGCAGGACGUGCUCCGUGCCCCCCGCUCUGUACAGCGCCUUCACCUGGCUGGGCUAUGUCAACAGCGCCCUCAACCCUGUCAUCUACACCACCUUCAACGUCGAGUUCAGGAGGGCCUUCAUCAAGAUCCUCAGCUGCUGAAGAAGAAAGUGCUCCAGGAAAUUAAAAAUGGAAAUAAG